UCUAACUUCUAACUCCAUUGAUGACAGUAACUCGGGAAGUCUGGAACUGUUCCUGUCUUUCAAAACCUCACCUUCUUCCGCGCACACAACCUCCUUACACGCCAUACACUGUAAGUCUGUAACUGCAACUCUCUCUAAUCUCUACUUCUCCGUGGUUCUGUUUUAUUCGGUCUUUUUUAGUGUAAAACCUUAUCUAGAAAAAGAAAAUGCGGUUUUCUUUGAGCAUUGCGACCUCAAACAUGCCUUCGCUACUGCCACUGCACGAACCCGCAUCAGAACCCUCCCGCAAAUUCCCUUUCCCUUCGUUUCAAAGAUUAGGCCAGAAAAUUUCAGUAAGUGGUCAUGGCCGGGGUUUGUGUGCCUUCAAAGGUUCUGGCUUCCUCUCUGCUAUCGACAGAGCAAUUGAAGAAGAGGAAUACAGAAAGGCUAGAUCUGAGGUUAACCGCAGAGGCGUCGACCUUGAGGGGUACUUAAUCGAGGGGAUUUCUGUUGGAGGGCACGAGACGUGUAUCGUAAUUCCCAGAUUAAACGCCGCUUUUGACAUUGGAAGGUGCCCUUCCAGGGCUGUUCAUCAGGAUUUCCUCUUUAUAACCCACGCUCAUCUUGAUCAUAUUGGCGGGCUUCCAAUGUAUGUUGCUACUCGUGGCCUCUAUAGCUUGAAGCCUCCCACAGUAUUUGUGCCUCCAUGUAUAAAAGAGGACGUGGAGAAGCUAUUUGACAUUCACAGGGCCAUGAGUCAAGUGGAGUUGAAACUCGAUUUGGUGGCGUUGGAUGUGGGGGAAACAUAUGAAUUACGGAACGAUCUUGUUGUAAGACCAUUUAGAACACACCAUGUCAUACCCAGCCAGGGAUAUGUCAUAUACUCAAUUAGGAAGAAGCUGAAGAAGAAGUAUGCUCAUUUAAAAGGAAAACAAAUUGAGAAGUUGAAAAACUCUGGUGUUGAGAUUACAGACAUCAUACUGUCUCCAGAGGUGGCAUUUACGGGUGAUACGACAUCUGAUUUUAUGCUUGAACCUCGAAAUGCUGAUGCCCUGAGAGCAAAAAUUCUUAUAACUGAGGCAACUUUCCUAGAUGAAGAGAUCAGCAUUGAGCAUGCACGACAGCAUGGCCAUACUCACUUGUUUGAGAUUAUUGAAAAUGCUCAAUGGAUCCGGAACAAAGUAAUUUUGCUCACUCACUUCUCUUCCCGGUACAAAAUUGAGGACAUUCGUGAAGCUGUGUCGAAACUACAACCAAAGUUGUCUACUAAGGUGGUUGCUUUAGCAGAAGGCUUCAAAUCGAUGUAUUCAUAGUUGUAUCCAGACCUCUUUCUUUUUUUCUUUAAUCAAAUCUUGUAACUAGUGAUGACCUUUAUCAGAUUUAUACUACAACUACAACACUGUAUCUUAAUGGUUUGCGCAUAUAGUUAAAUGUCUUACAUACUUACAUCAUA